CCAUGUUUCAGGUAACAAAGGGCCUGCAGCUGUCACUGUCUCUCUGUGUGUGCACAUUGGAACAUGGCUGUCCAGAUUGCAGACCGGUUGACCAACCAGGAGCAAGAAAUCCGCUGGCUGAGCGAUGAGAUCGGCCGCCUCGUGGAUCUGGGCACGCAGGGCACCGUGGAGAUUGACCCCAGCCCAGAAUUAUUGGAGCUCCGGGCUGAGAAUGAGAAGCUGAAGUAUAGAGUGGCCCAUCUACAGAGGAGCCUGAAAGAGGAGCAGGAGAGAGGAGGGCCAGGGGACAGUCCAGGGGGAGAGGAGACCAGGCCUCAGGAGGAGGAGAAGGGAGAGCAGAGUGUAUGUCAGGGACAGAAACCCACGGUAGAAGGACAUCUGGCAUCUCGGAACAAGAAUGUCAACAAAGGAACCAAAUGUCAACAGCAGGAGAAAAGAAAGCAGGAAGAGGGAACACAGAGAUGUCACCACACAGCACAGGCAACAUCAAGAACUCAAAGUGGACAGCCAAGUUUCCUUCAGCUUGUUCAUCCACGGGAAUAUUGUGAUUCAACACACAGGUCGUGGAAGGUCAUUUUCCCACUAAAGGAUGAUGUAAAGAAACCUGCGUCAACAAUCAUCAUACAUCGGUUGGAGGAGACAAGGGAGCAAGCAACUCACAGCCAAUUCGAAAAUGACAAUAACCACAAUUUACCCACACAGCUGGAACACUUUGAAGAUUCACAUUAUAAGUCAUCAGACAACAUAUGGACCGUCCUGUUUCAAAACACAUCCCCAGACAAGUUCUUACUUUUACUGAGGAGAAGUCAGAUCCCAGUAGAUGAUAACAAAGGGCGACCCAAAGGAAAAGCAACCCAUUCUGCCAAUCAGGAGGCUCGCCCAGCACCAGCAUUUAUAAAGGACAGACUACAACUCUAUGAUGCCUUGAGAAAGGAACAUGAUGCCUUACUUGCAGAGCGGAUUGCAAACCAGAGCAAAGCCAUAAAGAUAACACUGCCUGAUGGAAGAGUGCUUGAUGGGGAAUCCUGGAAGACAACACCAUAUAAAGUAGCUGCUGGAAUCAGUCGCAGCUUGGCAGAGAACACUAUAAUAGCCAAAGUGAAUAAUGAACUGUGGGACCUUGAUCGGCCACUAGAGGGAGACUGCACUUUAGAGCUGCUGACAUUUGACAAUGAAGAAGCUCAAGCUGUCUACUGGCACUCUAGUGCCCACAUUCUUGGGGAGACUAUGGAGGAUUACUAUGGAGGCUGUCUGUGCUAUGGGCCACCCAUUGAAAAUGGCUUUUAUUAUGAUAUGUUCCUAGAAGACAGAGGGGUAUCCAGCAACGAGUUUCCUGUCCUAGAGAACAUGUGUAAAGCCAUCAUCAAGGAGAAACAACCCUUUGAAAGGUUGGAAGUCAGCAAAGAGAUACUAUUAGAAAUGUUUAAGUAUAACAAAUUCAAGUGCCGAAUUUUGAAUGAAAAGGUUGAUACGCCAACAACGACUGUUUACAGGUGCGGUCCACUAAUUGAUCUGUGUAGAGGGCCACAUGUGAGGCACACAGGGAAGAUUAAAGCCCUAAAAGUAUACAAGAAUUCUUCAACAUACUGGGAAGGAAAAGCUGACAUGGAGACUCUGCAAAGAAUAUAUGGAAUAUCAUUCCCUGAUAACAAGCUGAUGAAACAAUGGGAGCAGUUCCAGGAAGAGGCCAAAAACAGAGAUCAUAGAAAGAUUGGGAAGGACCAGGAACUCUUCUUCUUCCAUGAUUUAAGUCCAGGUAGCUGCUUUUUCCUGCCUCGUGGAGCUCACAUAUAUAACACUUUAAUUGAAUUCAUCAGGGAAGAAUACCAAAAUCGGAACUUUACAGAAGUGUCAACACCAAACCUCUACAACAGCAAGCUGUGGGAAGCCUCUGGUCACUGGCAGCAUUACAGCGAGAACAUGUUCUCCUUCGAGGUUGAGAAGGAAACCUUUGCCCUUAAGCCAAUGAAUUGUCCGGGACACUGUCUUAUGUUUGGCCAUCGUCCUCGCUCAUGGAGAGAGUUGCCUUUGCGGUUUGCAGAUUUUGGUGUACUGCAUCGUAAUGAGUUAUCUGGAGCAUUAACUGGGCUGACCAGAGUCCGUAGAUUCCAGCAAGAUGAUGCACAUAUAUUUUGCACAAUGGAGCAGAUAGAAGAGGAAAUAAAGGGGUGUUUGCAGUUCUUACAGUCUGUAUAUGCCGUAUUUGGCUUUACCUUCCAACUUCACCUUUCGACCAGGCCUGAAAAUUACCUUGGAGAAAUAGAAAUGUGGAAUCAUGCUGAAAAGCAACUGGAGAACAGUCUGAAUGAAUUUGGACAGCCUUGGAAACUGAACCCGGGGGAUGGGGCUUUCUAUGGUCCCAAGAUUGACAUUACAAUAAGAGAUGCUAUAGGUCGGUACCAUCAGUGUGCAACCAUACAGUUAGAUUUUCAGCUCCCAAUCAGGUUUAAUCUUACAUAUGUAAGCAAGGAAGGAGAUGAUAAGAAAAGGCCAGUUAUCAUUCAUCGUGCUAUCCUGGGAUCUGUGGAGAGGAUGAUUGCAAUUCUUUGUGAAAACUAUGGUGGAAAAUGGCCUUUUUGGCUUUCCCCUCAGCAAGUCAUGGUAGUCCCUGUGGGACCAAGCUGUGAGGACUAUGCACAACAGGUGUGCAAAGACUUUUUUGAUGCUGGUUUUAUGGCUGAUGUGGAUUUGGAUCACAGUUGUACAUUGAAUAAGAAGAUACGAAAUGCCCAGCUGGCUCAGUACAAUUUUAUUUUAGUGGUCGGCGAGAAAGAGAGGUCAAACAAGGCAGUCAAUGUGCGGACCAGAGAUAACAAGGUGCAUGGAGAGGUAUCUAUAGCUCUAGCUAUAGAAAAACUCACUAAGUUAAAGAAGUCGCAAAGUAAAAAUGCAGAAGAGGAAUUCUGAAGACCAGAUAAUGGGGAAAUACCACUACAUUUCAGGAAUCAAAUACUGCUGCUAAUAUCGCUGUAAAAUAUAUAUUGCCAAUAAAUAGAACUUUGGUAAUUUA